UGGUAUAAUUUGGAGACUUUAAGGGGUGUCAUGCUAGGGGCUUAGGCAAGGGCCCGGCAUCUUCUCUCCAGCUCCCCAGACACUGCCCAGCUGGGUUUGAAAAGCAGGCAAGUGAGGGGAGGAAGGAGGUGGUAGCAGGCGAGAGGGGUGACGCUUCCCAGCCAAGUUUGAGAGGGGCCUGUGGCCAUGAGCGAGCUGGGCAGCCAGAAGAGCAGCGAUGGCACCGUGUCUCGCCUCCUCAACGUGGUGGAAAGUGAGCUACAGGCCGGGAGGGAGAAAGGUGACCCUACGGAGAAGCAGCUUCAGGUCAUCCUGGAGGACGCCCCUCUCUGGCAGAGAUUCAAGGAAGUCACUAACGAGAUGAUCGUGACCAAGAAUGGCAGACGGAUGUUCCCUGUCCUCAAGAUCAGUGUCACGGGGCUGGACCCCAAUGCCAUGUACUCCCUCCUGCUGGACUUCGUCCCCACGGACAGUCACCGCUGGAAGUAUGUCAAUGGGGAGUGGGUGCCUGCGGGCAAGCCGGAGGUCUCCAGCCACAGCUGCGUCUACAUCCACCCAGACUCCCCUAACUUCGGGGCCCACUGGAUGAAAGCUCCCAUCUCCUUCAGCAAAGUCAAGCUCACCAACAGGCUCAACGGAGGCGGGCAGAUCAUGCUGAAUUCUCUGCACAAGUACGAGCCGCAGGUGCACAUCGUGCGGGUCGGGGGCGCGCAUCGGAUGGUGGCGAACUGCUCCUUCCCCGAGACCCAGUUCAUCGCCGUCACGGCCUAUCAGAACGAGGAGAUAACAGCUCUCAAAAUCAAGUACAACCCUUUUGCCAAAGCCUUCUUGGAUGCCAAGGAAAGGAGUCACCUCAGAGACGCUCCCGAAGCUGUGUCCGAGAGCCAGCGCGUGGCCUGCUCUCACCUGGGAGGCUGGAUCUUUUCCAACCCGGAUGGAGUGUGCGCAGCAGGAGCUGCCAAUUACCAGUAUGCUGCCCCCUUGCCUCUGUCUGCGCCCCACACCCACCACGGCUGUGAGCACUACCCUGGCCUGCGGGGGCACCGGCAGGCUCCCUACCCUUCGGCCUACGUGCAUAGAAACCAUUCUCCCUCAGUGAACUUGAUGGAAAGCUCCAGCAGCAACCUGCCGGUGUUCUCCGGAGUGGACAGCUGGACCUCCUUGUCCUCCACGCCGCACACCAGCAUCCUGUCCGUCCCGCAUACCAGCGGCCCGCUCAACCCAGGGCCUAGCCCCUACCCGUGCCUGUGGACCAUCAGCAACGGCGGCGGGGGUCCUGCCGGGCCUGGCCCAGACGUGCACGCCAGCUCCCCGGGGACAUUUCUUCUGGGGAGCCCAGCUGUGACUUCACCCCUCUCCGCCCAGGCACCCAGUUCAGCGGGUGCUGAGGCUCUGGGGGAGCCCUCGCUGACCAGCAUCGCCGUGUCCACCUGGACAGCUGUGGCCUCACAUCCCUUCUCAGGCUGGGGUGGCCCGGGGGGUGGGGGGCGCCAUUCUCCCUCCUCGCUGGAUGGGUAGGCCGGAUCCUGGGGGGGUCAGCGGAG